AUGGUACUUUGGUCGAAAGAACAAGACAAACUCCCCGACAUCGACAUGUCCUCCGGGGCCAUUGAGGUGAAGAAGGAGGGAGGUCCCCUGACCCCGGCCUUCCUCAACUCCAACUGCUCGGUCCCACCGGUGAUCCUCACCAAGGGCCCCGAGGAGGUGCCUCCAGGGACUGGGGGCGAGUUUGAGCUCACAGAGGUCACAGCCUUCACGGAGAGGCCCAGUGAGACCGGGGAGGAUGAGGAGAGGUCGGAAAUCGUGGUGGCAAUGGACUGCCGGGCCAACGCCAAAGGUCAGCGGGAGGAGGACGCUCUCCUGGAGAACGCGAGCCAGAGCAACGAGAGCGACGACACCAGCACCAACCAGAGCCCAGAACCGCCAGCGCCCCUCAAGGAGACCUCCUUCUCCAUUGGCCUGCAGGUGGUCUUCCCCUUCCUGCUGGCCGGGUUCGGGACAGUGGCAGCGGGGAUGGUGCUAGACAUUGUCCAGCACUGGACGGUGUUCACAGAGGUGUCGGAGGUGUUCAUCCUGGUUCCAGCACUGCUGGGGCUUAAAGGCAACCUGGAGAUGACGCUGGCCUCUCGACUUUCCACAGCGGCUAACAUUGGUCAUAUGGACACAGCCAAGGACAUGUGGAAGAUGAUCAUGGGGAACUUGGCCCUCAUCCAGGUCCAGGCCACAGUGGUAGGGUUCCUGGCCUCCAUAGCUGCUGUGAUCUUCGGCUGGAUCCCAGAGGGACACUUCAGGCUGGGCCACGCGGUGCUGCUGUGCGCCUCCAGUGUGGCGACGGCCUUCAUCGCCUCUCUGCUGCUAGGGCUCAUCAUGAUCGGCGUGAUCAUUGCGUCCAGGAAAGUCGGCAUCAACCCUGACAACGUGGCCACGCCCAUCGCUGCCAGCCUGGGAGACCUGAUCACCCUGUCCCUGCUGGCGGGCGUGUCGACAGGACUGUACAAAGAACUAGAGUACAAUGACUAUGCCAGUCCGCUGGUGUGUGCGGUGUUCGUGGCGAUGUGCCCCCUGUGGGUGCUGAUAGCCAGAAGGAUCCCCUCCACCAGAGAACUCCUCUACUCCGGCUGGGAGCCAGUCAUCAUCGCCAUGGCCAUCAGCAGUGUUGGUGGUUUGAUCCUGGACAAGACUGUGACCAACCCAAACUUUGCUGGCAUGGCCGUCUUCACCCCGGUCAUCAACGGAGUCGGAGGUAACCUGGUCGCAGUUCAGGCCAGUCGAAUUUCCACCUAUCUGCACAUGAACGGUUUACCCAUGGGGGAUCCCAACCCCACCCCCAGGAAGUGCCCCACACCCUGCACCUCCUUCUUCGGCUCCUCGGUGAACUCCCGUUCGGCCCGUGUGCUCUUCCUCUUGGUUGCCCCUGGUCACCUUGUCUUCCUCUACACCAUCAACUCCCUGAGGGGGGGACACACCACCCUGACACCCAUCUUUAUAAGCUUCUACCUGGCUGCUGCACUACUACAGGUGCUAAUCCUCCUCUACCUGGCAGACUGGAUGGUCCACUGGAUGUGGGGCCGAGGCAUGGAUCCAGACAACUUCUCCAUCCCCUACCUGACUGCCCUGGGUGACCUGCUGGGGACCGGCUUCCUCGCCCUCUGCUUCCACAUGCGCUGGUUCAUCGGAGACAGAGACACAAGCACGGGCAACUGAAUGCACACACGGACGCACACCGCAAAAAAAACAACAAAACAAAACAAAAAAAAAACCAGUCGCUGUAACUGUACGCUCGCACGCACGGACAGUGACGAAUAUCACCCGUAUGCCUGAACUAUAUCUGGAAGUGGACGUCGUCUACGCUAAAAGGGCUAAUCUCCCGUAGGGCUCUGAUCGAAGGUAUAGUGCACUUGCAGGGCAGUUUGAUCUUCAGGAUAUCAGGACACAGAUGCACCCCAGCAGCAGCCCAGAAUCUGGACAGUAUCUGCGUUUCACCUUAGAACCAGUGGAAACAAACAUAUCUCCACCUCGGCCAUCCAACUAACCUGAUGGAUCUCCUCCCCGCAGACCACACUACUGCUCGAUUUCACUUAACAACUGAGUCCUACUACUUUUGCUUUUAUUAGACUAUCGACAAUGAUUGUUGUUGAUAAAUAAUGCAUUUGAUAUGAAUCGAUAUCUCUUCUAUGUGCAGGGCCGGUUCUCAUUAUUUUCAAUGGGGACGCUAGCCCUCCUGUUUUUAAAAGAUCAAGCUCUAACACUUGAAAGCAACAAAAGACAGCAAAAAAAUAUAUACGAGCAACCCUAGAAUGCUUAAUCACCAAGUGCUAUGUCAUUAACAGAAUGAAUAUUGUAUGAAAUGCAAAUCUAAUGUGUCUCUUCUCUGAUUUAGUAGAGUGCACAGGGCUCGGUCUUCUAUGUUUUACUUUGUCCUCGUGACGGUAGGGAACAGGGUUGGAGAAUUUGACCACAGGGGACUGGACCACAAACAUAACAAGCUAAAUUCCCUUUUGGUGUUGCUCCCAUCAGCUGAUUGGCGUAAUUUGAGUCAGAACAGGAGCAGGAUUGUGAAUCCUGCGCUCACUGCCCUACAGUUCUGGGCUCAAGAAUUAGCGAUAUCAGAUCUGAAGUCAGAUCACAGUCCAACAAACGCUUCCCUCAUUCACAUCCAGAAUGGAUUUACCUUUAAUUCUUAGAAUCAUAUAAUUAAUGCCUAUUUAGGGGUUUAAGUCAAUGAGGACUGUUUGUUCAUUCACAAAACAGCCUGUGUUUUAUUCCUCAGAGGUUACACUAAUUCCUUGUUGGGGCCAAAUCUACUAAAAACUGCCAUUAUGCAACUUCCCAAUUAAGAAUCUUAUUUGCUUGAGCAAACGCACAGAAACAGUGGGAAACAGUAUGUGGAAAACGGCAGCAUAAAAACAAAAAAAACACACCUCACUGUUUGUUGCAGCUCAGGAUGGGUUUUUGUUAGUUUGUUUUUCUUUCUCUUUUAUUCGGUGGAUGCCGAGAGGUCAGAGAGGUCUUGAUGUGCAGCGAGCUGUUCCAGUGAGAACAGCUCCAGUCCCCCUGUCUGAAACCACCUGCCAACUCUCUACUGGAGCAGGCUGGUUGUUGUUGUUACCCAAGUCAGGCUUACAGUAAGUGACAAGAGGCUCAACGUGCUGCAGCGCACUGGGAACAACCUGCAGAGCUCGUCCAACUGAGCGACAUUGGUACAGAGUGUGAAAGUGUGCGGAGGUGCUUUUGCCAGGAUGUGCUUACAGAUGACAGGUACUGAUUGCUGAUUGUCUGUGUGGAUAUGUGAUAUCUAUAGAUCUUUGAUUGACAUAUGGUUCCCACAAAGUGGACGUUUUGUCUGCCGGAGCUCCGAAUCAAUGAAAGGCCGACCAAUGAAAUUCAAACGGUUCGACGGUUAGAUCACACUGGCUGCGGGAACCUGAGGCAAACCUUUUUUAGAAUUUUGUUGUCAUUCUGUAGCCUUUAAGUUCAGAUCAGCACAGCUCCUACAGCUGUCUGAGGGCCCAGUCACACCAGCGCACACUCACGCUAGCAUAUAGAACACCACCUCACCCCAGUGAUCACUGUGAUCAGUGAUCCUGACCUGCCAGGAGAAUCCAUAAUGGAAGUGUUUAUGAGCUGUGUCGCACCAUCUGCUUUUUAUUUGCCUCUGUCGAGGAUGAAUUGCUCCACAGAAUAUAAUUUGUGGACAGCUGUGAGACAGGAGCUGUUUAUAGAAAUACACAUGUUGAAUCGCCCACGAGAAACCAGGAGUUCUCUAAGCUAACAAGACUGCUGUCAUUAGCUGAGAGAACUUUUCUUUUUCCCUUGUGGGUAACUCUUUAUUGAAUGAAAUGAUUUACAAUCUUGAGAACAAAAUGCUUGGGGAAGUUUAAAUCACAGAACAUAGAAAGUUGAAACAAAACUCGGAGCACUGUUGUGACUGACAAGCUUCUGUGUGAGCGAGCACUGAGGGAGAUCCCCCAACAGAGUUCAUUUUUUUGUUUUCAGAUUCUGUAUUUUGCGUUAAAGUCAAAAUUUAAAUCAAAGGGCAAAAUUUUAGUCAUGUAGUUAACCUUACUGAGGACACACAAAUUCAGUUGUGUUUGGGGACAUUACAUAGGCUUACAUUGAUUUGCUGGAGUUUUACCCUAAUCCUGGCCAGACCCUAACCCUGACCUUCAGCUAAACCUGACAUAAUCCUUACCUUAAACCAACACUUCAUUCUUAAGUUUAAUGAUUAACCUUAUUGGGGCCUGCGUUUUGUCCCCAUUAGGAAAGCAGUCCCCACAAUGAGCGUGUUAACAGAUUUAUGUCCCCAAAAUGUGACUAACAAAGCACCCGCGCGCACACACACACACACACACACACACACACACACACACACACACACACGCACAGAGCUGUCCGUCACCUGACUCUGAGACUCAGCCGACCUGAGCUGACUCUGUCUCUUUGAGGGCUUGCAGGUGAAGAGGAGAAUGCAAAAGGAAGUCGUGGCCCGGAGGCGAAGCCCAGUGUCUUAGGAGAGACUUGCAUGUGAUGCUUGACUUAUCUGGCACUUGUCAGACUUCUGUGCUGUUUCAGAGGGGCCAGCAGAAUGCAUGUGCAGGGCACAAAGUGUGAAUGUGCAAAACUUGAUUAUUGAUUGUUAAUUUUUUUUUUUGGUCUGACUGAUUUUUUUUCUUUCUUUUUAAUGUGUUGAUUAUGUCAAAAUUGUGAUCUCUUUUUUUUUCUAUUCCUUUUUCUCCUUUCCCUAAUCUUUUUAACUCUUCACGAUUAUUGUUUUGUGUCAUGGAUUUUAAUCAAACGUGCAACCACUGUAAAGAUGAAGCAACUUCUCCACGCUGCACAAAGUACUGUAAAUCUGCAAACAUGGACAGCAGAGGGCACUGCAGGGAUUCUCCUAACUGUAUCGUCUCUGUGUCCUCUGGAUUCAAACCUGCGUUAUGUCUACCCACGGUGAACGUUUCUUCUUGUCUUCUUUUCUACGGUGUUGUAAACGUUUGCAUCCUUCCAUCUGUUCACCUUCAGUCUGUAUCCUCCACUCUCUUACUGAGCAGGUGCCAGCGUUCUGCCUCUGUGUCAAUGGAAAGUUGUGAAUACUUCUAUAAGGGGGCAAGUAAUGCUUUGUCUAUUUAUUUUUAGAAGCACACAAAGCAAAUUGUACAUACUAUAUUUAUUCUAUAUAUAAGGUUGUUUAUUUUGUCAUUUCAUUUUGGCUCCGUUUCGUUGUCACCGUGUUGAUGUCAUUUUUUUCUCCUCUUUUAUGUUUUUUUCCCCCCCCUUUUUUUUCUGCAAAAGGCCAGUAGAGCUUUUUUUUUUUUUUUUUUUGGUGCAUGCCGCAAUAGGAGGGCGAUGAGGCUAACGAAUAGCACAGUGCCUAAUACCAGUCUUUACACACCUCACACACAUGCGCACACACCCUGUCCCACGCAGGGAAAGCAUACUUACAUGACGUAGAAUGGCCUUAACCUAUCAGAGCCAAGCUCGACUCGAGAGUAACCAAUCAGGAGCUAGCUUCGCCACAGAGUAGCAUCUCUUUAAUUAGCUUGGAUUAAUAAAAGAUGUACAGUAAUUUGAUUAUGAUGUGUAAUGUAAUAAUGAGUUUAUAUGAUGCAGCAGUGGAGAGGAGGGCUUGUUCACUUGAAAUCGGCAAAAAUUGGGAAGCUGGAGGCUGAAAAUUUCCAACGGGCCGGUUGCACGGGCCGUCUAAAAGGUCUGGAGUUGAGCUAAACACCAGCAGGAGUGAGAUUUGAAUCCGCAAACACAAGAAAAGCAGAAAAGAAAAAGUGCAACAUGACAAAAUGCACAGAGUUACUUCUCCUUCCGAUUCCAGAUGUUUCUCCCCGUGUAUAAAAUACCCGGCCUUUAAAAACCCUUCACCCACCCACUGCCUUCUUAACCUCAGUGCUUCGAACCCUCGAGCCCCUGAACCCACAAGGAACCGCACUGAUCCUCAGGCCGCCAGCAUCCACAUCAAGAUGGUACAGUCUCACUGGGGCUGAGAUCUUUGUGUUCUCUGUGUGUUCCUCUUGUAAAAGCCCUCCCUCUGUGAGGCUGGAGGAAGGCUUUCUCCCUGCAGGACUUUGUAAAUUGCUGGAAAUAAAGGAUUAUAUUAUUUCA